CGCGAAAUUCGCGUAGCUGCUUUUCGAAAAACUCCAUCGAGGGUGCAAACCAUAAUACAACCCCCAAGAAAAGAUUUGUGAAUUAUUUUGCCAGAAAAGAGUAAGAAUACGUGAUAAAGAAAUGUUUUCAAAAAGGAAUAUCUCAUUUUUACCCCUACUAGUUGCUCUGGCCGUGGUACACUACAUGACCCUAGCAGAAGGGGCACCACAACCAAGUCCUGAAUUUUAUUCGCCCCAAUUGUCAUUCGAAAGGAACCCUGAGUACUUAUUACAAACCUUAGCUCGUCUUAGACAAGCCCUCGUUGCCGAAGAGGACUUAGAAAACUCAAAAAGAGGACUCGAUUUGGGCCUAAGUCGGGGCUACUCAGGAUCGCAGGCGGCCAAACAUCUUAUGGGCUUAGCUGCAGCUAACUUCGCAGGUGGUCCGGGUAGAAGACGCCGCAACAAUAACGAAGACUAAAUACAACAUCUCAAUCAUCUAAUAAAGUAAUUAAUAACAUUACUGUUAAGUAAAAAAAAUCGUUUUGCACACCUUUAACUCAGUAUCUUUUCUGCGGUUCCUAUAUUUAUCUAUAAUGGGUACAUAUUACUGAUAUACGAAAUAAUAUCAAAGACCACAAUUACGUGUAUCUAGUAUCAAAGAUAAAAGAUUUAAUACCUAUAAUAUAACAUCAAUUAACUUCAUUUACUAAGCAGCACUUUUUUUGUAGAUAAUUUCAAAAUAUCUAUAUUCUAAUCGUAAAUAUUAAACCGUUUGCAAGAUAUUUUUCUCUACUGUUUAUUUAUGAAUACAAAUUGAAAAUUCAAAAGCAAGAAAAAAACAAGUAAUAGUAAACAGAAAAUUACAUGGCAAACUUGUUUUCUGUAGAUCUCUAUUUACAUGCAUCUAUAUUCUAGUUGUACAGCAGACAAAACUUUUUUUUAUUAAUAGGCUGGCUCCUAGUUAUUUUGUUAAUACAGCGGCAAUAUAAAUUAAGUAAUUAGUUUUAUCUUUUUGAUAAUGAUUGUGUUGCGACAUUUCAAAUUGUAUAAUAAAAUAUUAUUGUUGUUUUAAAAUCAAACAAGAAUGUACAGCUGCACCAAAUAAUAAAUGUUACGAUUAUAUGUACUGGGACUCGUUUGUUUUUACUUACAAUUAGGUACCGUUACAACAAUUACAAUCAUUUAAAUUGAUAAUUUUUUGUUGAUAAAUGAUAAAAAAAAUUGAACUCUACGUCUUAUUAUUUGUAAAAAGGGUGUUGUUAAAGAGACCAGCAGAAAAUGUUUAAAAGCUAAUUUUGCUAAACAUGUUUACCUUGACUAUACAGGUGGAAAUUGCAAAUGUAAACUCUAGCCAUUGAAACCUCGCAUUAUGAAUAUGUAUUUUAUUAUUUUUUUACCUACUAGCAUCGCGCAUAAAUUUUAAAAUACUUUAAUAAGACUAUCGAAAA